UUAGACACGCACGGCUCUGUGGCGCGCAUAAAUAAUAGCUGCAGCGGGGAUAAAAACGCGCACCUAAGGGCUGCUCACCCCUCCUCCUCCAUCUCUCUCUCUCUCUCUCUUUCUUUUUCCCCCAUCUAAUGUCUUUUCCUCCAUAUCAUUUAAAACUACUUAUUUGAGGGAAGAAGACAGAAUAUAGGCCAAUCAUUCUUUCUCCUUCCCCUUUCAAAACAAAUCCACUGAUCUGGCUGAAUAAGCGAGGCUGCGUCAGAGCGCGUGCUUGGAUCAUAACAAAUAAAUAAUCAGCAGCAGCAUCGAAGUCGACCUCACUGCGUUUUGGAUCGUUUGCGGAUUUUGUGUUUGUUUUCGGUGUGGAAGUUUGACGCGCAGGAUUAUCGUGGACAGGGGAGGGGGAGAUCUGGCGAUGGGACGCCUGAAUGGAUGGAGCGUCCUGAUGUGGGUCGCUGCUGCCUGCUUGGUGCUGGCUGAUGGACGCAGAUCCAGGCAGCCCAGAUGUCCGGUUGGAUGCACCUGCACUAAAGAUAAUGCCCUGUGUGAGAACGUCCGAACCGUACCUCACACUUUCCCGUCCGACGUGGUUUCAUUAUCCUUUGUUAAGUCUGGAUUCAACGAGAUCGCAGGAGCAAGCUUUGUUCACACACCUAAUCUGCAACUCCUAUUGUUCACAGCAAAUUCAUUUGACUUGAUCGAUGAAGAUGCUUUUGUGGGUCUACCACAUCUUGAAUACCUAUUCAUUGAAAACAACAGAAUUGCAUCAAUAUCUCCAUUUGCUUUCCGGGGUCUAAAGUCACUGUUGCAUUUGAGUCUGGCUUACAACAACCUGGAAACACUGCCCAAAGAUGUCUUCAAGGGUAUGGAUGCUUUGACCAAAGUGGAUCUACGAGGGAAUAAUCUGGUUUGUGACUGCCAGCUCAAGUGGCUGGUGGAGUGGAUGCAUAACACCAACGCAACUCUGGACCAGAUCUACUGCAGUGGGCCACCCAUUCACCAUGGGAAGAAAAUCAAUGACCUGCAGCCACAGUCAUUUGACUGCAUCACUACAGAGUUUGCCUCCUAUCAGCUGCUGAGGUUUGAGUCCAUUUCAGUUGAAGCCUUCACCUUUGCCAAUGAGCAGUAUGUGGUGUUUGCACAGCCCUUUGCUGGCACAUGCAACUUCCUGGAAUGGGAUCAUGUUGAGAUGACCUUUAGAACAUAUGACACAAUUGAAAGCACCUCUAUUGUUGUCUGCAAGCCAGCGGUGAUUGACAACCAGCUCUUCAUCAUUGUGGCCCAGCUGUUUGGAGGCUCCCACAUUUACAAACGUGACUCCUCUGCAAACAAGUUCAUCAAGAUCCAAGAUAUUGACAUUUUGAGGAUUCGCAAACCUAACGACAUCGAGACGUUUGUGAUUGAUGGAGAAUCUUUCUUUGUCAUUGCUGACAGCUCCAAGGCUGGGUCCACAACUGUAUACAAAUGGAACGGCAUUGGCUUCUAUUCCCACCAGGCGCUUCAUCCCUGGUACAGGGAUACGGAUGUUGAAUAUCUGGAGAUUUCCAACAAACCCCACCUGAUUUUGUCCAGCAGCUCCCAGAGGCCUGUUGUGUACCAAUGGAACAGGAGCCAGAAGAAGUUUGACCGCAGGACUGAUAUACCAGACAUGGAGGAUGUAUUCUCCAUCAAACACUUUCGGGUGAAAGGUGAGCUGUUCAUAUGCUUGACAAGAUACAUCGGGGACUCCAGGGUGAUGCGCUGGGACGGUGCCAUGUUCAAAGAAGUGCAGGCAUUCCCUUCCCGUGGCUCUAUGGUGUUCCAGCCUGUCUCUGUGGGCAAGUGGCAGUAUGCCAUCCUGGGCAGCGAUUUUUCACUGACACAGGUCUACCAAUGGGACACUAAGAGGGGGCAGUUUGUCCCAUCUCAGGAACUGAGUAUUCAGGCACCGCGGGGGUUUUCUGUGGUCUCUGUUGACAACCGGGUGUUCCUGUUGGCGUCCAGCUUCAAGGGGAAAACUCAGAUUUAUGAGCACCUCAUGAUCGACCUGAGCGACUAAAAUCACUUUGUGUUAAGUUCAAUUCAGUUUUACUUUUCAGUGAUGGUGUAAAAAGUCCGAAUUUAAAUCCAUGAAUUGCGUCCUACUAUAGGUUUUACCAAGGAGGCCUUAGAACCAGGUCAGACUGUUAUCUAAUUGGGAAUUCCUUUUUUUCAAAUAAAAAAAGCCAUAUAGUUACCACUUUUCUUAAUUUUUAAGACCCCGUUCUAUUGUAAUUUUGUGUUUUAAGUUUUCUUCUAACCGAUGGGGUGACAGGUUUUAUAACUUUGAUUUUUUUUCCUUUAUUUUAUCAAACCAGUUCAGGGAAAUAUACUUCAGCAUCAAUGCCCAUGCUUGCUGCUGGCAUGUGAGAUGUGAAAGGAAAAAAGAAAUUCAUUUAAAGUUUUAUUUUCUACAUCUGUUCUGAACAGACUGAUGCAGUCUGCAUUGAUUCUUUUUAAACUCUAAUUUCAGAACACCAAUUCUGCCAAAUGACAUCCAGUGUUUUUCUAAAUUACAUUUUUGACCUUUAGCUGAUGUCACGAUUUACUUCAGCAGCACAAAUUAAGACAAACAAAAGAGAGCUGAGACGCUCUUUAGAGGUCAAAAUCUAAAGUUUUUCCCAUCAUUUGUGUCACCAGAUUUAUGUACUUUUACCCCACUUUACUCUUUGUGUGAAGUAAUAACAUAUCUUCAACUUCUCCAUAUGUGUUUUAGAGUCUCACAGGUUCUUUUUUUGUACAGGAUUGUCUUAUUUUUAGCUCCAUCUAAUCAACUUCCCUAUCAUUACUUAAGAAAAGCAUCUCCAUAACGUUUCCAGGUGUUAACUUAGCAUUCAGGGUGAUUUGCAGUGUUGGUAUUUUGCAUUUCGAUCAGAAGGUUUUGGGUUUAUUUAGCCCACAGAACUUUUUUCAGUCUUUGAAAACUCC